UUUUUUUAUCCAGUGAACAAAAGUUGGAUAUACCCAACAAAGACAAUGCUCUCAUCUCGUUUUUUCAAGCAAUCCCUCCGCGGAGGUCUCUCCUCCAGAGCCACCUCCCGGAUCCCUCCCACCGUUCUGCCCCGCCGCCAGUUCGCCAUAACCGCCGUCCAGCGCACCCAUAUCUCCGAAGUCAUCACCAGUGACCACCGCGACCUGGAGGACGCCUACAACCACAUCAAGAGCGCCGCGAACGAAGAGGACCAGAUCAAAUGGCAGAACCAAUUCACCUGGGCGCUGGCCCGGCACUCCCUGGGCGAGGAGCUGGUGGUGUACCCGUCCAUGGAAAAGCACCUGAACAACGGCCCUGAGAUGGCCGAGCACGAUCGCAUGGAGCAUCAAGUUGUCAAAGAACUCCUCUACAAAUUCCAAGGGCUUAAGCCCACCGACCCGGAAUUCAUGCCGGUGCUGGAGAACCUCUGGGGCAACCUCGCACAACACAUCAAGGAGGAAGAAGGGAAAGAUCUGCCGCAGCUGGAAAAGACCCUCGACGACGGGGAGUCCCGGCAGAUGGCGGCCUCGUUCCAUCGCACCAAGCAGUUUGUGCCGACGAGGAGUCACCCCAACGCCCCGAACAAGCCGCCGUUUGAGACUGUCGCAGGCUUGAUGGCGGCGCCGAUGGAUAAGAUCAAGGAUAUGUUUAGGUCGUUCCCGGAGACGAAGGAUCAGGCGACCAAGUAGAUUUUGGGGGGGUUGGGUGAGGUGGCUGGUUCGCGGGUGUGCGGGUGGCUGGGAUGCUGGAUUGUUUUCGAGAUUAGUGUACCGUAUACUGAACACGAUGUUAAUGAAUGACUUUACUUAUUGACUUCCUAGAAAUCAUAAUUGAGACGUAUCUCAAAGGGGUCGUAUCCAACAAGUCUGUCGUGUAGUGACAUACGGCUACGCUCAACUCUGUGUGUAGUGGUGGCUAAGACUCUGAAUGUACUCAGGGGAGAUGGUAGAACUGAGGUUUGGGCCAUAGGAAAUCAGACGGGCUGCAGUGAUCUAUGGUGGGGCUAGGCGGCCUUCGCCUUUCUCAAAGGUUUAUCC